CCAACCUGAGAUAAUCGAUAUCAUCGCUUUCGUUUCGUCGUGACAGAUGCGCCGUGUGAAGGCCAAGCGUGGUCCCGCCGUCACGUGUCAGGCCGCCGCAGCACCGCCGCAGCUGAGCACCGAAGCAGUCGCAGAGGUCAUGAAAUAUCUGCCCAGCGGGGCUGAUGUUGGACGGGCUGAGAGGGUGUGUCGGGUGUGGCGGGAGGCCUCGCGUGUGGGCAAGCAUCAUGUGUGGGCGGCUCGGGUGGAUGAGCACAAAGCCAAGAUCGGCAAUGCACGGUACGCUCAGCAGAAGCCAUGAAUCGGAGUGGCUUGAUGGACUGACUCUGCUGUCUGUGUGUGUGGGUCGUGCAGGCUGACGUAUGGCAUGAGGGCUGGAGGCCGGUUUGACCACGGGAGCAGCAAGGAGCAGUACGUGGCCGCUGCGUGCACCGAGUGCGGCUCACUGGCCACAUAUGAGCUGAGUAAGUCUGUAGGAAUCAAUCCACACGUGUCUGUUUGUGUGUGAUGACCGGUCUUUGUGUGUGUCCUCCGUGGGUGUGCAGCCAAGUACGGUAUCCGGCUGUGCGAGCAGUGUGCGCAGGCAAGCCGAGCUACACACACACACACACACACACACACAUGGAUGGAUGGAUGGAUGGAUGGAUGAAUGUGUCAAUGGUCCUCCCUUACACACAUCCAUACACGCAGGCCGACAUGAGUGACACGACGACGUUCCCCAAGUGCCGGAAGGACCCGCACCUUUUCGCAAAACUCACCGUAGGCAAUGCAGCACACACCCAUUGCUGGUGUCUGUCUGCCUACCUGCCGUGUAUGUGUGCCGUUUGUGUGUCCAGAAGGCGUUGUGUCAGCUGGGCGGCGUCCGUUGUGUGGGCAGCAUGAUGGCCAUCACCCCCACUCCCCCCGCCCAGCGACGAGCCAACCGACGGCCCCGGCGGCGCGCCCAGAUGACCGGCGGCAUGAUCGAGCUCUCGCCCUGACCCACUCAAGUGUGCACAAUGGAUGGGUGGCUGUUCGGUGGUGGGCGGCCAUGUGAUGCGUUGCGACCGAUGGACACACUCUCCUCGAUAUGGGUAUCCCUAUGCCGGCACUGAUGUACAGCGGGCGGGUACUCGGCGGGGCUGCAUGUCAGUGUGUGGACGUGUGGAUGUGGCUGGCCAGCGGUGGGAUGAGUGAGACUCGCGUGUGGUGGUGUGCAGACACAUGUGCAUGGAUCCAUCUGCAUGGGCCGUCUUCUCUCGUCUGUCAGUGAUUGACCCAUCGCCAUCGUGUGUGGAGCCAUGGUUCUGUACCGACACACCCACUCAGACAGACAGGUCUUCAUGACUGAAAACGACAAACG